GAUGCUGUUGUGAGGGAAAGUGAAUCAGUGUUUGAACACGUGGGUGGUUUGACCUUCACAGACGCAGAAGAACAAGAAGAUGUUUUAAGCGUCACGAGAACAGCGCGCAGCUCUGAUGAAGAUGUUCUGCUGGGGGCCGAAAGAGUCCUGGAGGAAUCGGCUGCUCAAGAACCCCCGACAGCCGGAGAGAAGGGGUCCCGAGGAGCGAUUCAGAGCUGUUAUCAUGUGAACGGCGCUCUGGAGACGCUGACGGUCACUUCAAAGCCUUUAGGCUUUGUUUUAGCGUGACCUUUGAACCCAGCAACCAUAACCCCGUUACGUUCCUGGCCACCGCGGAGCUCAGACUGAAUGACGUGUGACAACCUGCUGCUCUGUCAAGGCCUCAUAAAUACGCAUUUCAGUAUUAAAUUAAAAGGCCCUCGGUGGACAAAAGCCUCACUGGACGCUGAUGGACAAGGUUGAGAAGAACGAAGAGGCUGAUCAGGAGAUCAAGCAGGAUGGAACCAAACUGGAGGAAAACGCCCACAAGGCCGCCACCAAGAUCCAGGCCAGCUUCCGUGGACACAUCACCCGGAAAAAGAUGAAGGACGAAGAGAAAGACGAGGAGAACGCCGCCGCUCCGGACGAGUCCGCCGAGGAGAAGGAGCAAGUCUCUCCAUCAGAGGAGAAACCUGCCGAGGUUUCCAUGGAAACAGCAGAGGAGAGCAAACCGGCGGAGCAACCCAACUCACCUGCCGCGGAAGCCCCGCCCACUGCUGCCACUGACUCCGCCCCCUCAGACACGCCCACUAAAGAGGAGGCGCAGGAGCAGCUGCAGGAGGCGGAGAACCCCACUGACGACAUAAACACACAGAAGGAGGAGGAAGCCAAACGAGCCGAUGUGCCUGCCGCCGAGAGCCAGGAAACAGACCAAAUAGACAAAAAAGAGGCUGUCGACGACUCCAAACCAGCAGAGGAGAACGUUUAACAUCGACCAGUGAAAUGUGCAAGCAUAAGUAACCGACAGACUGCUCCUGAUGAUGAAGACGGUCUGUGUUUAUGUUUGUCCUCUCUGUUCUGCCGUGUGGAGGGAGUUUUCCAGCGCGGCUCGAUCUGGAGCUCAUCGCAUGAGAAUCCUUCCUCCAGAGACGAGAGCCUUCUCACACGCACCCAGCUAAUACAUGUGGCUUCUGUUAGUGUCCUUGCUGUUGUUAUGCGCGUUUCAUUGGAGAUAUUGCUGCACUGAUGUUAAAAAUCGAGAAAAUCCAACAAAAAGAAAACGCGCCAGGCUUUCUGUUGAAGUGCGUUUGAAUCUGAGUAAAAUCGUGGAAAAUGGUUUCGUCUGUUUUCAAAAUAAAGAAAUGUGCCAAUUAUGUUCAGGACGUGCGUCGUUCUUUGAGCCUGUGGGUGUGUCUGCUCUCGU